AUGAGAAACAGCCACCUGUGGGGCACACUUAAAGCUGGGGUUGUGGGAAAGCCCCAGCCCCUCGCCCCACCAGCGUGCUCAGUGGAAGUCGAGGUCAGAAACGGAGAAAGCCACGGGCAGAGGGGCUACCUGGAGAGACCAGGGCGAACCAGGGGCAGCCGGGCUGGGGAUGAGGUGGCUGCCGGCGCUGGCGGCCAUGGCCGUGCUCCUGGCCACCUCAGCAGGCGGCCAGAGCGGGGAGGGCCCGAGCCCCAGGGCUACAGACAACCAGAAAGCCACGGACAGCACCACGGACAGAGACAAGACCAGCACCACAGACAGCACCACCACCGACAGCACCGCCGACAGCCGCACCGACAACACCGCCACGAGCAGCGUGACUACAGAGCGCACGAGUUCGGGCAGAGAGAGCGCAGUGGGCAAUGCCACAGCCAGGACGAUGCGAGAGCCACGGCCAAGGCCCCGCACGCAGAGAACGUGAGUGCUUCGGCCACGACCGCAGCCACGGCCAGUGCCGGGGGCAGGGACGGUGGCGGUGGCGGUGGCCCAGACAGCUCUCCAGGGCAGGCGCGACACGAGUGGAGGAGGAGCGUCUACUUCCGAGAGGAAUUCGAAGACGGCGAUGGAUGGAAAAAAAGAUGGGUUCAAUCUAAACAUUGGUCCAGCUAUGGUAAAUUCCAGCUGACGGCUGGGAGGUUCUAUGGAGACAAAGAGAAGGAUAAAGGUCUCCAGACAAGUGAAGACGCCAAGUUUUAUGCCUUGUCGGCACAAUUCAAGCCCUUCAGCAAUGAGGGGCAAAGUUUGGUGGUGCAGUUUUCAGUAAAGCAUGAGCAGGGCAUUGAUUGCGGUGGGGGCUAUGUUAAACUCUUUCCUGAGGAUCUGGACGAAGAGAACAUGCAUUCCAACUCCACCUACUAUAUCAUGUUUGGCCCAGACAUCUGUGGAAUGGGAAACAACAAAGUGCAUGUCGUCCUUAAUUAUAAAGGAAAAAACCACGAAAUUAAUAAAACCAUCAAGUGCAGGGUAAAAUUGUCCCCUUCCCUGCAAAUCAAUAAAGACACUCACCUAUAUACUCUGAUUCUUCGCCCGGAUUGUACCUAUGGCAUCAAGAUAGAUAAUCAACUGGUGGCAAUUGGGGCUUUAGAGGAUGACUGGGAUUUUCUACCCCCCAAAAGAAUCAAAGAUCCGUAUGCGAGGAAACCUCGAAAGUGGGAUGAGAGACCCCAAAUUGAGGAUCCUGAUGACAAGAAACCAGAGGACUGGGAAGAUUUUGAAAAAAUCCCGGAUCCAGACGCAAAGAAGCCUAAUGACUGGGAUGCAGCAAUGGAUGGCGAGUGGGAGCCCCCUUUGAUCCCAAACCCAAAGUAUAAGGGUGAGUGGAAGCCUCGAAUAAUUGAUAACCCAGAUUAUAAAGGUGAGUGGGUACAUCCAGAAAUCGACAACCCGAAGUAUAAAGCAGACCCCAAUAUUUACAGAUAUCAUAACACCAGUGUCCUGGGCCUGGAUAUUUGGCAGGUAAAAUCUGGUUCUAUAUUUGACAGUUUCCUCCUGACGAAUGAUGAAGAAUUUGCAGAAAAAGUUGGAAAUCAGACCUGGGGAGUAAGAAAAGACCCAGAAAAAAUAUGGAGGGAAGCUUAUGAAGCAGAGGAAAAGAGGAAACAACAGGAAGAGACCAAGAAAAAAAUAGAAGCCGCCGAAGAAGAAGAAGAAGAAGAAGAAGAAGAAGAAGAAGAAGAAGAAGAAGAAGAAGAAGAAGAAGAAAAGGAGGAGGAGGAGGAUGAAGAUGCUAACCAGCCUGAACUGGAAAAAGACAAAGAGCUGAAGGAAGAAGAAGAAAACAGGGAUAAAGGAGGGAAUGGGACCACUGGGGUGGACAUAAAGGAUGAAUUGUAAUUGUAUUGAAUAGUAACUCAUAGUCAAUAGCUAAUGGGCAUUGCUAAUUAGGCUUGGGAGCUCACUUAAAACAAUGCAAAAAUGAAUGCAAUAAACAUACGUUAUGCAGUUGGGUGGAGCUACGUGCAGGGGGCGGUACAAGGUUUAGAUAAAGGUCUCUCGCCUUCAAGGAACUUAUGUGGCCUAACAAAAUCUUACUGCCUGGAUGCAUUGUUGAGACAUUAGUCAUGAAAUGGAUGGGCAGAAACCAGCCCUUAGUUGGCACUGGGUGCUCUGCCAGGGAUUUACGGGCAGCUGGGUAAAGAGGGGUCUUAUGUUCUUGACCCAUGCUAGAAAGUAAUGCUUUCCUCCAACCAUGAAUGGUAUAUGAGGCCUUUGGAUCAAACACUUUUGUUGAAUUACUUAAGUUUUUACAAUAUCAAGCAUCUAAUAAUA